CCAAAAAUGCGCACAAAACUCAUAAUGCGUACAUUAGCACUGGGAACCUGCCACCUCGAACGUUAAAUCGCACCCUCCACCCCUCUUGACUCCUCAUAUAUGAACGUUUCGCGGCGAUUUCACAUAAACACACGAGGAGAACCAGGGAAAACCCUCCUGAUAAUCUGUCACGAAUUUUGAUUAAAGGGAGAUUCAGAGAGGUUUUGAUGGUAUUUUCCGGCAGGAGAAGAGGCGGCGGAGAAAGAGAAGCGGUGGAGGAAGAAGAGAUGGAGAGAUUGAAGCGGCUGCACAAUUUUGAUUUGCCGUGUUUGAAGUGGGGUAAUCAGAAGCUUCUUCGGUGUAUGAAGGUGGAUUCAAAGGGCGACGUGUCCGCCGUCGAUCGCAAACAAUCGUCGGAGAGUGGCGGCGGCGGUGGAUGUGAUGGGGGAAGGGGCACCGUGAUUGGAACACGGCGGAGGGAGAUGGAGUUUGAGAGAAGAUUUAGAUCAAGUGAUGAUCGCAAGGUGGAGAGUUAUUAUAAGUUUUCUUCGUCGGAGAAAUUGAAGGCGAGAGCCGGAGACGGUGAGAUCGAGGCGACUCGAGAGAAGCUGAUGUUCGAUUUCCAGACGGAGGUCGGGAAGAUGAAGGAUGCGAUUCUAAGAGAAACUCUUGUCGAUCCGCCGCCGCCGCCGGCGACAACAACAACGACUGCAACGACAUCUACUUCUCCGGCGGAGAGGCCGUGGAAUUUGAGGACUAGACGAGCUGCGUGCAAAGCUCCUUCCCCUUCGAAUGGAGUCAACGGCAAUGGUGAUAUUGUGAAACCUAAUGUAUCUCCGGUGAGAAACGAAGGCAACAAAUCUCCGAGACCCCGACCUGUCGGUGGCGUCGCUACAGCCACCGUAACUACCAGUGGCGAGAAGAGAGACAGACCCAAAUUCUCAAUUCCACUUUCUCGCCGUGAAUUGGAAGAUGAUUUCACGGCUAUGGCCGGCCGGCGACUUCCACGUAAGCCGAAGAAACGACCAAGGAUUAUUCAAAAGCAAUUGGAUACCCUGUUUCCCGGAUUGUGGCUGACGGAAAUCACCGCCGACCUAUACAGAGUUCCCGAUGAUACCGAAACCGCAAAGAGGUAGUAUUAGAGACACGCCUAAGGAUGAUGCUGAUAACAAUGGUGAAGUAUAAUCAUUAAUAACUGGAAUACUUGCUGUUUGAUUUCUUCAAAACGGGGGUUUGAUUUCCAAAUGUUGAAAUUCCCUGUUUAGAUCUUGAAUUAAACUUAGCUUUUUCAUUUGGGUUCUGCUAAUUUUGCAUCUUAUAGUCAACAUGUGUUCAUAUAUAAGUUUCUUUUUUUGACUGUUCUUGGUUAUAGAAA